AUGAAAAGGGCAGGCCGCCUGUUGGUCUUGGCGCUGGCCGCGCUGGCGGUGGUGUCCGCCUGUGCAGCCGCCGACUCCACCCCAGUGGGUGGCCCGCCGCUGCUGCCGCCGCCCACCGUGGUCGUGCACCUGUCCGACAUCCACUACAGCACCAAUGUUCGCAAGUACUGGGACCUGUUUGGCAACCGCGAGGGCGACGCGCUGUUGUGGGCGGAGCAGCUAGUUCCGCGCCUGGGGCUGGCGGGCGCCGCCAUCACGGGUGACAUCACCGACUCCAAGGCGAGGGCCAGACUGCGUGGCUGCCUGACCUCUCGCGGCGAGGGGCUGCAGCAGGAGGCCGAGUGGCUGGCGUACGCCGGCCUGCUGCGCGCCCUGGCCGCCUCGGGGCUGCCCGCGGGGCGCGUGUGGGACCUGCCAGGCAACCACGACACCUUCAAUAUGCCCUCCCGCGGCGGCCCCAAAGACUACUUCAGCAGAUACGCUGCUGAGGGGCGCCGCCGCGCCUCCCCCCAGCAGCGCGUCUACGUGCACCGCCUGCCGCCGCCGCAGCCGCCAGAGCAGCAGCAGCAGCAGCAGGCGCGCGGCCUGGCGGGGCCGGCGCUGAUGGCAGAGGCCCAGUCUGCGCUGGCGAGCAUCCGGCAGCAGCAGGCGGCAGCGUGCGGCGCCCCGCUCAUCCUCGCCUACUGCCACUACCCGCUCAGCACCGUAGACAGCAGCCCGAGGCACGUGCCGGGGCCGCCGGGCAUCCUGCUGCACGCCAUGCGCAGCGUGCGCCCCAUGCAGGGGCUGACACAGCUGCUGGCGCAGCACAAUGUGUCGGCGGUGCUGAGCGGCCACCUGCACUCCGCGUUUGGCCAGCGCCUGCACCGCGUGCACGCCACGCCCUCGGGCGGCCGCAUGGCCGAGAUCGAGACGGCGGCGUGGAAGGAUGACCGGCGGUUCAGGCUGGUGGCUGUGGAUGGCGGCGCCCUCACCUUGCUGGACCUCAUGUUCCACACCCGCAACUCACCCAGGAUGCCCGGCCGCUCAGACGCAGCCGCCACGCAGGACCCAGGCGCGUCCUGGCAGGAGGCGUAUGCGCGGCGCGGCUGGGCGGUGACCGCCCUGGAGCCGUCUGCCGCCGUGGUGGGGCACCUCGCCUUCAUCACAUCGCCCCCAGACGGCCGCUACAGCCCUCUGGGCGCGCCGUCUGCGUCUGCGGCGGCGGCGGCGGCGCAGCAAGCCAAUGGCAGCCAGGGCGGGUGGGUGAAGGCGCUGGUGUAUGCGCUGGACGGCUGGGAGGCGGCGGGGGGCGGCCUCAGCGUGGAGCUGACCGGCUGGCUGCCCGGCGGCGCCAAGCUCUUCAGUAAAACCAUGCAGCCGCAGCCGGCUGCAAGCGGCGGGCAGGCGCAGGGCCCGCUGCUGUUUGCGGGGCAGGGCGAGGCGACGGUCAGCUGCGUGGGCGCCACGGGCGACCCGGCGCCGCACUGCCACCCGCCUGCCGAGCACGUGACGAUCCAGGUCAGCGUGCGCGACGGCGCCGGCCCCGUCAGCCGCUCUCCGCUGCAGCCCGUGUCGCUGCGGUGCAGCCCGCUGACCGCCUCCCACCAGCGCUGCUGGGUGGCGGCGGUGACGGGCGCGCCGCUGCCGCUGCCCACCACCGUUCUGGAGUGGCUGGGCCUGGCCUGGAACUGGCCGGUGCUGGUGCACAGGCUCUUCCUGUGCGUGUGGGCGCUCCAGGCCGGCGGCAUGCUGCUGGCGCCGCGCCUGCUGGGCGGCCGCGUGCUGCCGCUGAUCGCGGCCAGCCCGCUGCUGCAGUGCCGCCCCGCGCAGCACCAGCUGGCGGCGUCACCCACAGAUGCCGCCGCCGCGGGCAGCUGGGCCCCGACACACCUGCUGCGCACCUGCCUCAGCCACCUGCUGUGGCCGGUGGCGGCGCUGUUCCUGUGUGCCAGCGUGACGGAGGUGUGGGCUCCCAUGCUGGCCCACAGCCUGUACGUGCUGCUGGGCCCCUGGCUGCUGUUCCCCGCGCUGAGCGGCCACCCGCCCGCCGCGAUGUUUCAUUACGGGGUGGUGGGCAGGCUGGGCGCCGGCCCGCGGGAGGCGGCGCGCUGGCGCUUUGUGGGCACCCCAGACACCAUGUUUGUGUCGCUGGUGCACGCCACGCUGUGCCUGCUGCCCGCCACAGCGUGGGUGGCGUGCGUGGUGGCGCGCCGCCUCGCCCUGCACCCCUACUCGCCCCCCGCCAGCCGCAGCACCAGCAGCGAGAGCGGGGGCGGCGGCGCGGCGCGGCGGCGCAUGGAGGCCGGCGGCGUCAGCAGCUCGGCCAGCAGCCUGCUGGGGGCGGGGGCCGCGGGCGCCAGCUGCGGCAGGUGGUCGUUCUCGGCGCCCCAGGUGGCGGCCUUGCUGGCCAUAGCGGCCCUCAACUGCUCGACGCUGUACCUCAGGGCAGCGAGCCUCAUGGGCGGCCUGUCGCUGGCGGCAUCCCCCGGCUUUGCCUGGACGCUCCCGCUGGCGCUGCUGCUGGUGGUGGCGUGGGGCGUGCCGCGCCGCCGUGGCGGGAUGGCACCCGGCAAGGGCGAGUAG